AUGACGAGAAGUGCCACCCCUUCAACCAUCGUCUCCAUAACUAUGGGUCUGAAGAAAACAAUUAGGUCAGAACUAUGCAAUCUUAAGGUAUCUGCCUCACAACUUAGCUAUGUUGAGACUGAGCACAUAUGUGGAAGACCUUUGGAAAUAAGAUUUGACAAGAAAACUGGUGAUUUAUACAUUGCAGAUGCAUAUUUUGGGUUGAUGAAGAUAGGGCCUCAAGGUGGUUUUGCAACAUCUCUUGCAACUGAGGUAGGAGGAGUGACGUUGAGAUUUACUUAUGAUGUAGACAUUGAUGCAGAAGGGAAUGAUUAUUUGACUUAUAAAAACACCACAUACCAGAGAAGAUUGUUGUAA